CUGCCGAACACAGAGAACCAGAGACCCAGCAACAAUUCAAACUAGAAAGCGACAUUCAAGCCGUCCAAAGUGUUUUCUACGUAUACACCCAAUUUUUGGAGCGUGAAGAAAUUCAUACGGGUUUGGAACAACAUGAAGGAGGAGAAGACGCAGCGGCUGGUCAGAUGUUAUUCUGAGGCUAUGCACCAGCAGAUGGACACAGGGACACAGACAGACCCAGUGGUGGUCCUGUCUCUGGCCCAAGCUGCUGUGUUAGGACUCAUCUCCCAGAACGACGUCUUUGGUGCCACCAUCGCCCCUAACGGCUUCUACACUGGAGACCCGAAAGAGUCCCCAGCUCCACCAGGUGAAAGAAUGGACUACGAGUAUGCUGACCAGCUAAUAGGCACCAAUGGCGACUACCUUGGGGAAAAUUUGUGUGAGGAUGGGCACAUGCACUCCUGCUGUGCCGAGAGAAGGUGGCAGGGGCCAUCAGAGAACAUUAAACCCCCUGUUAGGCAACAAGAAUCACAUAUUAAGGGAGAGUCUGUGACCCAAGGUUUGCCUUCUUGCAAUCACAUGAUGAACAGCAUGGUGUCUAGAGAAGGAAUGCAGAUGGUGGACCCCUCCAGCUACAGGGUCGCCCCCAAACGCCACCCCAACAACUGCUGCUCCACCUGCGUCCGAGACCACAAGUGUACACACACUCCACCCGAUCCACAUUUACACCCUCACCACCAUGCCCACACACAUGCACCUCAUGAGGUGCCUUUACGCAACAGGGUUCACUCACAAGAAAAAGGAAUAGAUGAAGUUGCAGAGAAUGGGGUCAAUGGAAGAAAUGGCAUGGUGAAAACUGGAAGUGGUGGCGAGGAAAUAAGCAGCUACUUUCAAGCCAGUGAGGUGGGCUACGAGGGCGGGGAGAUGGAAGGGGUUGGGGACUUUGAGGAAAAUAAUGAGGGGAUGUUCUGGGGGGAGACUGUGGAGGGGGAGGCACCUCGUGGCCGCCGUAUAGACCGACUGGACAUCAACAUCCAGAUAAACGAGUCAUACUGCGUGGACGUUGGUGAGGGCCUAAAGCGCUGGAAGUGCCGCAUGUGUGAGAAGUCAUACACCUCCAAGUACAAUCUGGUCACGCACAUAUUGGGCCACAAUGGCAUCAAGCCACACGCAUGCCCACACUGCGGCAAACUCUUCAAACAGCCCAGUCACCUACAGACACACUUGCUGACACACCAGGGCACGCGGCCACACAAGUGCACUGUGUGCAAGAAGGGCUUCACCCAAACCAGCCACUUGAAGCGCCACAUGUUGCAGCACACCGACGUUAAGCCCUACAGUUGCCGCUUUUGUCGUCGUGGUUUUGCCUAUCCCAGUGAACUCCGUGCUCAUGAAGUUAAGCAUGAACGAGGCCGAUGCCAUGUCUGUUCACAGUGCAGCAUGGAGUUUCCCACCUAUGCCCACCUGAAGCGUCAUCAGGUGAGCCACCAAGGGCCUUCCACCUUCCAGUGUAACCAAUGCAACAAGUCUUUCGCCUACCGCAGCCAGCUGCAAAACCACAUGUUGAAGCACCAAACGCAGCGCUCCUUCUCCUGCAGUCACUGUGGCCUGCAGUUCCUUCAGCUGCAUCAGCUACGCCAGCACUCCCUCACUCACAAGACAAACAAGCCUCAGGCCCGUGCUACAAAGGGAACAAAGGGGUUUAAAUGUGAUGUAUGUUCACGAGAAUUUACAUUGUCUGCAAACCUGAAGAGGCAUAUGUUAAUUCACGCCAGUGUCCGACCCUUCCAGUGUCACGUGUGCUUCAAAUCUUUUGUCCAGAAACAGACCCUCAAAACUCACAUGAUUGUACACCUGCCUGUGAAGCCAUUCAAGUGCAAAGUAUGUGGAAAGUCAUUUAACCGAAUGUACAACCUCCUGGGACACAUGCAUCUCCAUGCUGGCAGUAAACCCUUCAAGUGUGCAUAUUGCUCCAGUAAAUUUAAUCUUAAGGGAAAUCUCAGCAGACACAUGAAAGUUAAACAUGGAAUGGAUGUCUCUCCAGAAGGACAAGAUGCUCCACCUGACAUGGAGUCCCAUGAGGACUUUGAGGAGGAUAACUUCAAUUUUGCAGCGCCACAGAAUAUGGAAAAUAAUGAUGCACCAAACCUAACUAAGCUCUCUGAAGUGGCCAUCCAGGAGCUUGACUAUUACAACUUUGGGAAGGAUGUGGGAAGCUACAAUACAGCAUAAACACUAUCUCAAUUAAAGACAAGCUGAAUGAGUAAAGUAACAAAUGGCCUGAGCUGGCACUUCUCAACCAUGAGUUGUUCCUCCAUGAGAACCACUGCUUGCCUUUUUGAAUUGCUGAAGAGCAGGUAGUUGGAGGCAAUAUUUACCUCCUGGGGUUGAUGCCAUGGAGUAGGUACUCUGCUUCUAUAGUUUGCUGUUGACUCGUUUAAGUUCUAACAAACAUCAACUCUCUAUUAUUAGUAUGUUGUGGAUUAUAUGGUUACAUUAAUAACUGAAACAUUAGUGUCAUGAAACCAUACUGAAUUGCAGAUGUGUACAAAUGCUAUCUUGUGCAAAGUAUUCCACAGUCCUCAAAAUUAAAUUUUGGUUGGUAAUAUCAGAUAAACAGGUGCAUGCAGUUGUGUGGCCUUUAUCGGUUCGGUACCUCUGAGCAGUAUAUUAAAUAGUAAUUUCAAGUUACUCAAUCUUUUAGGCAAUGAGUAACUGAAAGUGAAUGCAAUAUACACACCGAUCAGCCACAACAUUAAAACCACCUGCCUAUUAUUGUGUAGGUCCCCAUCGUGCCAUACUAUUCUCACCACAAUUGUACAGAGCGGUUAUCUGAAUUACUGAAGACUUUGUCAUUUUGAACCAGUCUGGCCAUUCAGUUGUGUGUGAAAAUCCCAGGAGAUCAGCAGUUACAGCAAUACUCAAAGCAACCCGUCUGGCAUCAACAAUCAUCCAUGCUAUUAUCUAAUCAGCCAAUCAUGUGGCAACAGUGCAGUGCAUAACAUCAUGUAGAUACAGGUCAGGAGAUUCAGUUAAUGUUCACAUCAACAAUCAGAAUGGGGAAAAAAAUUAUCUCUCAAAUGAUUUGAACUGUGGCAUGAUUGUUGGUGUUACGAGGGGGACCCAAACAAAAAAUUAAGAUGGUGGUUUUAAUGUUGUGGCUUAUUGUGUAUAUUGCCCUCACUUUCAGUUACUCAUAGAAACACGCAGAAAAAAAAAACAGGCUCAUAAAUGUUUUGCUUGAGGAGGAAAGUCGAGUAAAAUGGUUGGAUUUCUGCCUGUAUGUAUGUGUGUGUAUGUAAAAAAGGAAAAAAGUGUUUGUCUGGGCCCCAUGUUCCAAAGCUACUGCUCUUUUCUGGUACAGGACCAUAUGCUGCCCGUUCCUGAGCACAACUACCAUUGCAGAACAAAAAAAAAAGUAACUUCAUCAAACAUUUGGAGAAUUACUUUGUAUUGACUUCCUAUUUAUUUUGCACUUUGAAAAAUAUUUUACUUAUGAGCCUUUUUCAUCACUGACUGUUUAAGUGUAAUUUUAUCUUCAAGGAGAUAACAAGCCUGUAUUACAUUCAUAAAAGCUGUUUCUCUAGGCAACUUUGCCAACUCUGUAGAUUCUUUAAUAAACUCGGGUUUUGAAGUUUAAA